GGCGUCUGCAGUUGACUGGAAUUCACCGAAACCGUCUGGUUGGGGCCUAGAAAAAUACACCUCGUUAAGGAAAGAUUAGUUACGUUACACGGAGUGUGCCACAAAGCCGAUAUUUACAAAGAAAUUAUAGACAACAGAGAACUUUCGGAAAUUUCCCAUUCCCAAUCUUCUUCAAGGUCACAGAGUGAAGCGAAGUAACAGAACGUCAUCACCUAAAUCUUGCAAAAAUGGGAUCUCGCAGCACAAAUGUACAUGAAAUCACCACUCUGCUCCUCGACUGCGACAAUACCCUCGUCCAGUCCGAGACUCUAGCAUUUGAAGCAUGCGCUGAUCUCACCAACGAGAUUCUCGCUGCUCGUAAUAUCGAUCUAAAUUUUACAGGCCGCCAGCUACAGCGCGAAUUCGUCGGGCAAAGCUUUCCAGCCAUGAUGCGCUCGCUGGAGGCCAAAUAUGGAGUCUCGGCCAACCUCUCCGAUUCUGAGUUGGGGCAUUAUGCCCUCAUGGAAGACGACCGUGUCAUCUCCAAGCUUGUGGAGAAACUUCAGCCAUGUGAGGGAGCCAAUGCUGAGCUGGAGCGACUGGCAGCUGCUGGUAAUUAUCGACUUGCCGUCGUGUCUUCGUCCGCACUGCGUCGCGUGUGUGCGUCGCUGGAGAAGACUGGGCAGGCCAAAUUCUUUCAUUCCGAUGAUGUCUUCAGCGCUGCUGACUCGCUGUCUGUCCCUACAUCCAAGCCUGACCCGGGCGUGUAUCUCCAUGCUCUCGAGAUUAUGGGCAAGGUUUCAGGCGAGUGCAUUGCAGUUGAGGACAGUCGAUCUGGUGCGACUUCUGCGCAUCUGGCAGGUAUCAUUACGAUUGGGUACACCGGUGCUUGCGAGGAUGUUAACGAAGCGGAGGCACUGAGAGGGGUGCUGGAGAAGGCCGGAUGCAAGCUGAUCAUGAGCAACUGGGCAGAGUUUCCUAAUUUGUUGCAUCGUAUAGAGAGCGAGUUAAUUUGAAGAAUAACCAGCCAAUUCCAUCUAAGGUAGAAAGACAAGACGGUUCCGGAGAUAAGUCAACGGCUGUAAGGGAACCUGUCAGCGUGUCAUGAAUCAAACACUCUUAUUCCAGU